UCCCAGUCAGUGAAUGAGGAAUCCGAAGCUUCCAGCUGUCCGGGGGGAGGAACACAGGGAUAUUUUCUCCUCAUGUCUCACAUGUCUCUCUCCUCCCUCCCCUUUGUCUCCUCCUUCCCUGUGACAUAAGCGCUCCCUUCCCCAUCUUGCCUGCAGCUGUCACUUUGCUCCAGCUUCCCCGCCUGUCUCUUCCCUCUCUGAGCGCUCUCUCUGCACUCACACCAUUUCCCAUCAUUCUCUCUCACACACGGCUUGUAGUCUGCCCUGGAUUCACCCAUCAUCCCCCACUCUCCCAUCCUGCUUGCAGCUGUCUCUUCCCUCCGCCCCCUGUCUCUCCCCACUGAGGAUGUCUCCUUCCCUCCCCACUUCCUUCCCAACUCUGUCAUGAGCUCCAAGAAAGUUUCAGGUAACAGCCAAGGGAAAAAGAGUAAAAAGAAGCAGAGGCGGCAGAGGAAGGCUGCAGAGAGAGACGUGCCUGGAGUUCCGGAACCUCGGAGUCCCAGUUUAGAUAGCCAGCCUGGCCUCCCAGAGCAUAGCCUGCAGGAUGUGCCUUUGUCUCCCGGACCCCCUCCAACCCCACCUACUCCUGUGCUGCCUCCACCGGGACCCUUAGGCUCUGACAAUGAAGAACAGGAAGACCCUGGAGAUUACUGCCGAGGGGGUUAUUACCCAGUAAAAAUCGGUGACCUCUUCAAUGGAAGGUACCAUGUUGUACGGAAGCUGGGCUGGGGCCACUUCUCCACUGUCUGGCUCUGCUGGGACCUACAGAGGAAGCGGUUUGUAGCACUGAAGGUAGUGAAGAGUGCUGUGCACUAUACAGAGACGGCUUUGGAUGAGAUUAAACUGCUCAAAUGUGUCAGGGACAGUGACCCAAGUGAUUCAAAACGUGAAAUGAUUGUGCAGCUUAUUGAUGACUUCAAGAUCUCUGGAGUGAAUGGAGUUCAUAUCUGCAUGGUUCUGGAAGUGCUGGGGCAUCAGUUACUUAAGUGGAUCAUUAAAUCUAAUUAUGAGGGUGUACCACUCCCAUGUGUCAAGAGCAUCUUGCGGCAGGUAUUACAGGGCCUGGAUUAUCUGCACACCAAGUGUAAAAUCAUCCACACCGACAUUAAGCCAGAGAACAUCCUGAUGUGCGUGGAGGAAGGAUAUAUCCGGCGACUGGCGGCAGAGGCAACCAUUUGGCAGCAGUCUGGAAUGCCUCCACCAUCUGGCUCUGCUGUCAGCUCCGCACCCCCCUCACAUCAGAACCUGAAUGGAAAAGUCUCCAAGAACAAGAAAAAGAAGUUAAAACGGCAGCAGAAGCGGCAGCAGAAGCUGCUGGAAGAGCGCCUGAGGGACAUUCACAACAUGGAGGAACUGGGAGGGGGAGACUCUUGCCCCAAUAUACAACACCACUGUAACCCUGGAAACCACGAGCAGCAUUGGGGGCAACAGUCCAGUCAAGAAACAGCAGUCAAGAGCACAUCCCAGCUCAUAUCUAACCCCAUCUCAUCUACCACGGGAGACCAAGAGUGUGCUGACUCUUCCCUAGGAAGUGGAGGGACCACCUGCCUUGCCCAGAGCCCCCAAUCCACUGGGUUGUACAAGAGCUGCAAUGGGUACAGCAGUGGCACCCGUGGCUCCAGUCCUGACACUCACACUUCAGGUUUUUCCAGUUCGGCCUUGUCUGCUACUUCCGGCUCUGCAAUAUCUGGCUACUCUGGGGUCAGAGGAAGAGGCGGGAUCCUGUCUCCAAACCUGUUGUUCUGUGCUGCAGAUUUUCUGGUGAACCCUUUGGAUCCUCAAAACGCUGACAAAAUUCAGGUCAAGAUUGCAGACUUAGGAAAUGCCUGCUGGGUGCACAAGCAUUUCACUGAAGACAUCCAGACGAGGCAGUACAGAGCGCUGGAGGUUCUGAUUGGAGCUGGCUAUGGAACCCCAGCUGAUAUCUGGAGUACAGCAUGCAUGGCCUUUGAGCUGGCAACCGGGGAUUAUCUGUUUGAGCCACACUCAGGGGAAGAUUAUACACGUGAUGAAGAUCACAUUGCACAUAUCAUAGAGCUUCUUGGGGACAUCCCCCCACAUUUUGCACUGUCAGGACGCUACUCCAGGGAGUACUUCUCAAGGAGAGGAGAGCUCCGGCAUAUACAGAAUCUAAAGCACUGGGGCCUGUUUGAUGUUUUGGUGGAGAAAUACGAGUGGUCACUGGAGGAGGCCACACAGUUCACAGACUUCCUGAUGCCUAUGUUGGAAUUCCUUCCAGAGAAGAGGGCCACAGCCUCACAGUGCCUGCAGCACCCAUGGCUGAACUCCUAACCAUACCUGUGCCUGUCCACUCAGUCCGAGUUUUGGCACAGCAGGGUACCAACAAGCAUCAGAGUGACACUGGGUGUUGCCACUAAUGCAUCAUUGUUUGGGGAGGGAAGGUCAUAUAAACCCUGCCAAACGUACAACCUUACUGUCCCUUUCAGCUACCCUACACGAGUUGCAAAAAAAGAAGCAGCCAUAGCGCUGACUGACUUUGGACUGUAGGGAACGAGAUGGAGCAGGAGCAGAUUUUUUCCCCCAUUACUGCGUUUAUCGUGAAAAAGACUUUAAAAAACAAAAAAAUUCUUGUGAAAUUACAGGAAACAUCCCACUGGUUCUGUUGCAAAUAGAAGCCUCCGACAAGUUUUUGUAUGUUAAGUCCAACUUACACAACGGUGUUGAUAUUGCUCAACUGCCAUGUUGAUCUAAAAUUUUAAAAAGCAGUGGGAUUCUUUGGUACCAAAGGAACAACAGCGUGAUAUAUAUGUGUACGGUUGGGAAAGACUGCUACAAUACCAGGUUCUUACCUUGUAUUAAGAGGGUUUUCUGUUCAGUUGCUAAUUUUCUUUACAAGGUCACACAGUUGGCAUUCGUUUGGCCAUUGUUAUUUGUAUGUCGGUAAAUGGCGCUGGGGAAGUGGAUGGAGGAAGGCUUGCUGCACUACUACAUAACACAAAACAGAAUUGCAGUUAGCACAAAUGAUGGCAGUGGUGGAAGGUGUACUACUAUAGCGUGCUGGAAGCAGGGUUGUCGCUCUGUUCUACAAUACCCAGCCAGCUGCCAUUGCACUAAAGAGAUGAAAUGUCAGGAAAAAGGACACUGCUAGGGUUUCUUGCCCCAAGAAAGGAAUAUAUUUUAUUGUGAGAGGUAUAUGGCGAUAUGAAAGUGUGUAUUUACAGUGCAAGAGAGAUCUCUAAAUUGCAGAGAUGUUUACAUACUUGGUGUGAGAGUUCUACUUUAGAUAUUGUAAAAGCACUCAGGAUUUAAAAAGCUGCUGAGCCCCCACCCACUUAAAAGACCAGUAUCCCCAAAAAUAAAGAGUGUCAGUCUGGCUCAACUUGCUUUUUAUCUCUACCUUCCUUACUGCAUUGUGUUUGCUGCCAGUUUUGCUGUGUUCAGCCAUCUUUUGCCUGAUGUAUAAGCAGUGCUCCACCUAGCCGUAGAUAUACACAUAUUCGUGAUCCACAUCCAAAAGCCCUACAGGAAUAUCUUGCGUUCUAAAAAAAAAAAAAAAGGGUGGUAUAAAUGAGUUCAUGGUACAGUAUUUUUUUGGGUGUUACUGGCCCUUUAACCUAAUAAACAGAACUUAGCCAUUUGUGUUUCAAGCUUACCAUUGUUAUCUGAGAACCUUAACUAAAUCUGAACUUUAUACUACAAUGGAAUGUAUAUCUAAUUCUAAUGCAGAGUAGGUGUUGCUAUGCCUUGGGGGGGGGGGGGGGGUGUUCAUACUGCUUCCUCUGAAGACAGCAACAUUUCUUUGCUGAUACAAGCUGAAGGCAUGAAAGCAAGGUCAGGCACUUCCCUAGCCACCUAAGCCUAUCCCCUUGCAAAUUGGCUGGUCUAUGCCAUGACAUUUGUGGAUGAGGGAGUUAACCACAAGUGUCCAGCGCAGAGGGGGGAUUUUUUUGUUUUGUUUAAAUGUUUGGGGUUUUUUUUCUAUAGAGGCUCUCUUAAAGCUGCUGCCCUCGGCAAGGCCUCGUAAAAAAAAUAUGGCCAUAUUAGCAAGUGCAGAAUCCCAAAAUGUCACUUUUUAUAAACAAUUUCCUGUCCCAGUGGACUGGAAUUUACUGCACUGAAAACAAUUUAAAAAAAAAAAACAGUUGCCAUAAUGAUUUUCCCUGGUGCAUGCAGUCCUUGCAAUGACUUCAGUGUCCAUUUUGUAUUCUUUGGAGUUAGAGGCCACACAGUGGGUGUUUCUAAGGGUAACAAUGCACCUGGGCACAGUAAAUCUACUAGUCAAGAGUCACACACAUGGAACGGCCCUUUGGUUUUGUGCAUUGACUCCCGAGCGUUCCAUGGUCAGUCAGGAUUGGGAGCAGCUGUCCCUGUGUGUCUGUGGGGGUGGGGGCUAAUGAUGGAAAUCCUUUGCUUCCAGAGUGGUUGAAUCAUUUCUCUGUGUGUCUGAGCUGCGCAACCCUCUUCCCAAAACCAUCUGGGUUUGAAUAAUUGUAUUCUGGAAUGUGUGUAUCUUGUCAUUAAAUUGAUACAAAGUGCAGAA